AUCUUUAAAUUAUCAUUUUUGUUGUUUUUAUUAUUACUUUAAAAUUUAGUUUAGGUUUUCUUGUUGGUCUAUGUUUGUGAGUUUGUGAAACACUAUAGGCAAUUCUCAUACACAGAAUCAGCAGCGAAACAUUCACGUCGCUUCGGAUUUACAAGUGAAUUAUUUCGGACAAAAACAAUAUCUUGUGAUUAAUUCUAUUAGGAAAUAGUUGUAUCCAAGUAUUUUUAACACUUUGCUAGUCUAUUCGGCGUGUUUAUUUCAUCAAAAUGCCUGCUUAUCACUCGCAGUUGUUUAACUCGACGCAGGUAGUCGGAAACACCGCAAUUCUUCCAUUCAAAACGAGUUUCCGCGGCCCGGCGCCUCAAUGUGCCGCUGCAGACAUGGACAUCAUUGAUGAAUCCCUCUACUACUUCAAAGCCAAUGUCUUCUUUAGAACCUAUGAAAUCAAGUCGGAGUCCGACCGACUUUUGAUCUACAUCACUCUGUACAUUACUGAGUGCCUGAAGAAGUUGCAGAGAUGCUCAAACAAGAGUCAGGGCCAGAAUGAAAUGUACACAUUGGCAAUAUCCAGGUUUGAUAUUCCAGGAGAUCAUGGAUUUCCACUUAAUUCUGUUUAUGGCAAGCCAGAAAGUCCUACUGAUGCAGAUUUCCUGAGGACAUAUUUGACGCAACUACGGCAAGAGGUCGGUUUACGCGUUUGCGAGAAGGUGUUUGGAGAAGAUGGCAAACCCAGUAAAUGGUGGCUCUGCUUCUCCAAGAAGAAGUUCAUGGACAAGUCACUCAGUGGCCCGGGUCAAUAAGUAUUUAAUUUGCUUCAUUUUACAAUCGCAAUCAUUUUUUAAGUCAAAUAAUUAAAUAACUAUUUAAGAGAAAUGAAA